UCUAUCCUCUUGCGUUAGCUUUUUGCCAGGCUUCAUUUGUGGGACGAUAAUGGCAGCUGCUUCAUCCCUCUACGCCUACAACUCGGUGGUAUCAGUUUCCUCUCCGUCUCUCAAGAAGGACAGCAGCGAGAACGAGGGGAAGAAACAAUGUAUCUCAUUGUUUCUCAAUUCGUCUCCAAAUUUAUCCUCGAAGAGAUGUGUUGGUCUGCAGUUCGCGAGCAAUUUACGGAUACAGUCCUCUCCACGACGUCUUACGAUCAUUUCCAUGGCGCCUCCUAAACCUGGCGGAAAAGCGAAGAAAGUGGUUGGGGUGGUGAAAUUGGCUCUGGAGGCCGGGAAGGCGACUCCGGCGCCGCCAGUGGGGCCGGCGUUGGGUGCGAAAGGUGUGAAUAUUGCGGCGUUUUGUAAGGACUAUAAUGCUCGAACUGCUGAUAAGGCUGGCUAUAUCAUUCCUGUUGAAAUUACGGUUUAUGAUGACAGGAGCUUCACUUUUGUGUUGAAAACUCCGCCUGCUUCAGUUCUGUUGCUGAAGGCUGCUGGUGUGGAGAAAGGGUCUAGCAACCCUCAGAGUGAGAAAGUCGGGAAGGUCACAAUCGACCAACUGCGCACCAUUGCGCAGGAAAAACUUCCGGACCUGAACUGCUCAACCGUGGAGUCAGCAAUGCGGAUCAUAGCAGGGACUGCAGCAAAUAUGGGAAUCGACAUCGACCCUCCUGUUCUUGAGCCGAAGAAGAAGAAAGAACUUGUGUAAGUCUGUGUUUUGAAAUUGUAUUUAGUUAUAGUGUGUUCUUGCUGCAUUUUGGGUGUAGUUGAUAUCUAAUUCUACUUGGGAUUUUGUCAAUUUAUUUUUAUUCUUGCUAGAGCUCAAAUUUGAGAUUUUUUUUUAUGAUGUAAGAAUCUGACGUCGAUAUUUUUCGAAUGUGUUCGAGAUAAACUUUCGACUGAAAAUACUAAACAUAGGUAUUUUUAGAAAAUGCUUCGUAGUGUAUAUAUUACAAAAUAAGCAAUUCAUUACAA